ACAUUAGUUCUGCAUGCUCAUAUUGUUUUGGGAAGAGGCACUCAAAGCUCCAAGUCUGAGUUCAAGAGUCUCCGCUAGGUAAAUCUUCUGAUCUUGUUGACCAUCAACAACAAAGUAGCAGGCUUCAGUUUAGUCUGCUGGUUCCCUACCUCCAAGUGGAAGAACUCAAAGUCGAUUCAUUCGCAGCGAGGAUUUCCCGACUCAAAGAGGUAGAAUAGAACUGUCUGCUCGAGAUUCCACUUUCCAAGAACUCAUACAUAUACCCAGGUGGAUGCUCCUAUUUUAUCUUCUCCUGCCUAUCUAAGAAUCAUGCUAUUUAACGUGGGUAGAGGCGAUGUCAAGUUGAUGCUGUAAUCCAAACUUAAGCUGUAUUAGCCUUCAAAACAUUCAUUUCACUGACCUUAACCCGUUCUUCACCUAUAAACCAUGCCUGAUGGACCUUAGCGGUAAGGCAAGGCAUACUAGAGCUGAUCUAGAUUUACAAAUGGGAGUUAUUAAGAUCAAAGAAAGAGAAGAGGAGUUUUAGAAACUUACAGAGUAUGUAGUUUGAGAAAAAAAAUAUUUAUGAAAAUGGUUUCAUAUAAUAUAUUUUUAAAAAUAAUGUUAAAUAUAUUAUCAUAAUUUGUUCAUAUUGGGGUCCAGAAAAAUUAGCAUCGUUGAAUUUAGUGGUCGAAUGUCAAAGAUGAUAAUAUAAUUCUUAAAUUUGAAUCGUGGUAGAGAUCGGGUAAAUUUUGGAGGGAUAAAUUCGGUAUCCGAAUAUUUUGCAAGAAUAUGUAUACAUAAUUUCCUGAAAAUAAAAAAAAGGGCCUUUAUUUUAAGCGUGGCUAUAAAUUCGAGCGUAAUAUUUGAUGAGUUAAACCGGGUGGGGGUUUGGACGGUUUCCCCCUUCCCGAGCGAACCGGUGAACCCUAGCGGACUCGAAGAGGAGGGAGAGCACGAAGGCCCGCCGCUUGGAAGCACGGAGCAGAGCGAGCGGGGGAAGGGAUGGUUUGGUUUCAGUGUGAAGACUGUGGCGAGAACCUGAAGAAGCCCAAGCUCCCGAAUCACUUCCGCAUCUGCUCCGCCUACAAGCUUUCGUGCAUCGACUGCGGGAAGACGUUCGACCAAGAGAGCGUGCAGAGGCACACGCAGUGCAUAUCUGAAGCGGAGAAAUACGGUCCAAAAGACCAGGGGAAAGCUUCCCAAAAGGCACAAGAGAAGCCCGACAAACCUAAGCCAAAUGCAGAUGUUGAUGUUAAUGUUGGUUUAUCUUCACGUCCCCCUUGGUUCUGUAGUCUUUGCAACACUAAUACUACCAGCAAGCAGACUUUGCUACUCCAUGCCGAUGGCAAGAAGCACAGAGCAAAAGCACGAGCCUUCCAUGCGGCCCAGAAACAAUCUACUCAAACAGUGGAACCAACAUCAAAUACGGAGAUUGCUGAUGGCAAACCAUCGGCUAAAUCCAUUGAAUCAAAUGGUUUUCUGAAAGCAGAUGAAUCUAGGGAUGAAGAAACUGCCAAGUUGGUUGCAGAAGUUGAAAAUGAAAGUUCGGUGAAGAGAAAGAGAAAAAAUGAUGUAAUUGAGGAUUUUGCCAAAGAUAAUGAGAAAAAUGUGCAUGACUUGAGCAAUGGGGAAGUGAUACAAGCAAGAGAAACAGGAGCAGAGGGUCAACCAAACAAAAAAAAGCAUGUGGAAGAUCAUCAUGAUAAGCAGUGCCACAGUAAAGAAUUUCCCCAGCACAAAAUCAAGUGGAAGAAGCUCGUCACUUCUACCCUCAAGAUGAAUCCAGAUCUUACAAUGAAGGUAAAAAAAUUACAAAAGAUUGUCAUUAAGAUGGUCAACGAGUCUGGUGUGACUCAAGAUGAGGCACAACUUCGGGGGAUGCUGAUGAACAAGAUCAAUUCAAGCUCCCGGUUUGUGGUUGAUAACAAGAAAAUCCAGUUGGUCAUCAAAGCCAAAGAUUGCUAAUGUCGUCAGCCACAAAGAAAGCCUGUCGGAAUUUUGCACUCUAUCAUAUGUGUUGAGUUUGGUUCUGCAGCUUCUAGUUUUUGUUGGGCACUCAAACUUAGGCUUGCCUUUGCAACUAUUUUUUGUCAUGAUUCUUGCUGAUUUAAGUGAGAAAAACACAAUUUAGAAAAAGGGUAAAGGGUAAAGCUUCUCUAUAUAAUCAGGCAUCAGCCAUUUGGUUUC